AAAUAAUAUUGCGUAUAGUUAGUUAAGUGUGCAAAUAUAUAAAAAAACAACAAAAACAUGGCACCCAAACUCGAUGAAAUUGAUAUAAUCCCCAUUGCCGUUGGCAUUGUUGCUGUCGUUGCCGGUGCUGUUAUCGUCCAUUAUCUUAUCAAUAAGAAAUCCACAAAAAAAUCCCGCCCUACACCAAAUCGUACAGCACGUUUACGCACCCUGAUCGAUGCCAAUGAUAAAUACCAGCUGCCAUUGAUCGAGCGUGAAGAAUUGAGUCACGAUACAAGACGUUUCCGUUUUGGCCUACCAUCCAAUCAACAUAUUUUGGGUUUACCCGUUGGUCAGCACAUCCAUCUGAUAGCCACCAUUGAUGGUGAAUUGGUGAUACGUCCUUACACUCCCAUCUCAUCCGAUGAUGAUGUUGGCUAUGUAGAUUUAGUUGUUAAAGUCUAUUUCAAGGAUGUCCAUCCCAAAUUCCCGGCCGGUGGUAAAAUGUCUCAGUAUUUGGAUCAAAUGAAAAUUGGUGAUAAAAUCGCCUUCCGUGGUCCAUCGGGACGUUUGCAAUAUUUGGGCAAUGGUAGCUUUUCGAUUAAGAAAUUGCGUAAAGAUCCACCCAAGACUGUGACGGCUAAGCGGGUUAAUAUGAUUGCUGGCGGUACAGGAAUUACACCCAUGUUGCAAUUGGUUCGUGAUGUUUUGAAACGCAAUGAAAAGGACAAAACCGAAUUGGCUUUGUUGUUUGCCAAUCAGAGCGAAAAGGAUAUUUUAUUGCGCAAUGAAUUAGACGAAUUGGCCAAGAAACAUCCCGAACAAUUUAAGGUGUGGUACACUGUUGACAAGGCCUCUGAAGGCUGGUCCUACGGCGUUGGUUUUGUCAACGAGAACAUGAUUAAGGUGCAUCUUUUCCCUGCCGAUGACUCCACCAUUACCCUGAUGUGUGGCCCACCACCCAUGAUUAAUUUCGCCUGUAAUCCCGCUCUUGAUAAAUUGGGCUAUCAUCCCGAUACUCGUUUUGCUUAUUAAAAGAAA